AUGCUGAUAUUAUCACAUUGGGCUCUCUCUUUAUAUGGUUUUUGCAUCCUCUUAUGGGAGGAAGGUUCGCCUGAACUCCAUACCCUUUGCAGCCGGCUAUAUAAUGGUGAAGGUGAAAGAAACCUGGAAAGAUUGACUUGUCAUCUGAAGCGUGCUGAAGAAGAAAUUCGUUCUCAUGCCCGUGCUUUUGCUUCCGCCAGUGCUGAAACGUUUUAUUCUGGAAGCAACAGUCGUUUUGCUAUGCCUACCUGUUCAACUACAUCCGCUGCUCUUCGUCAACGAUUGAGUUGGUGUUGGGCCCCGGUUGUUAGUCGUAGUGCUAGUAAACUUGCAACGGCUGUUGUAUCCGCUCCGGUUUCUGCAGUAUCUGAAAUAUCUGUUAUGGUUCAGCCUGAAGUAUUCAAUUUGCCAGCAACUUUUGUUGAUGGUAGUUGGAUGGUUCAAACUUUUAUUUCGUAUUGCAUUUCAUCUGGCUCAACGGUCCCCUACUUUCGACGUGGUAUCAAGCCCGGUUUGUGUGCUCGCUUGCGUAUGCGUAUCAGUCAUCGUCGCGCUGGUGAUUCCAGCAAAGUCUACAGACUUGACCGAUGUACUUGUAUUGCUCAUUAUUUGGGCAAGGCCAGCCGCAUUCACCGUCGUCAGCAGCGUUCUCAGCGAUCUGCUCAGGGAACGAUGGAUUGGGAUUACAGCUCUGUUUCGGCACCUGCAUUCUCACCCGUUUCCAUGAUUGUUGAUGAAGAAGAAUAUCGUUCAAGCUACUUUCCUGAUGCAUUUACUUCAGUGACAGGUUCUUUUACCGGUAGCUUUUCGGAAGAUUCACUUAGUGUUUCGACGAACAUUACAAUGGUUGAGGAUAUUUUGAUGGAUACAGCUAGUGGUGAUUCACAGCCCAUCUUAAUAGAGGAGGACAUUGUAAUGGAAGGAUCUUCUGGUUCACCCGCUGACUUGUUUUCUCUUGGUGAUUUGUCUCCUCCCUUGAGUUUCAUUUCAGCAGAGGAAUUUGGUGUCUCAGGCUCAAGACCCGAUUCCUUGGUGGAUUACGUUAGCCCGCUUAUCUUGUCACCCGUUUUGGAGGACAUUGUAAUGGCUGCUGCUGCGGACAUCGAAGAUAGUUCUAUGUCUGUUGAUGCACCUGCUUGUGAUCCCUGUCAAGCUCUCAUCCCGCCCCUCUCAAAUUCCGUUACUUUCGAUGUAACGAUGAUUCCUGCUCGCUCGCUCUCCUUCAUGAAGGUUCAUCAUGGAAGAGUCUGGAAGGCUACUGGCCCAAAGCUAAGAAAGCUUGUUGCAAGACUUGAAUAA